CACUGCCAUGAGGAAUACCAACCCAUUUUUUGUCUUUGCUGUGCUUUCCUUUUCUAUGAAUGGAAGUGAGACGGCUGACGCUGAAGAGAAGUUAAUGAACCAUCUCCUCAACGCUUCACGCUACAACAACUUAAUUCGCCCGGCCUUCAACUCUUCACAGUUAGUUGUGAUAGAAUUGCGGGUUAUUCUGUCCCAGCUUAUCAAUGUGAAUGAACGGGAACAAAUCAUGACCACCAAUGUCUGGCUCAACCAGGAAUGGACCGACUAUCGCUUGGCCUGGGAACCAUCAGAAUAUGAAGGCAUCAACAAACUAAGGAUACCGGCUAAGAAAGUGUGGCUCCCAGACAUUGUGCUGUACAAUAACGCCGACGGUACCUACGAAGUCUCUGUCUACACAAAUGUGAUUGUUCAGCACAAUGGAAGCAUGUUGUGGAUGCCGCCAGCCAUUUACAAAAGUGCCUGCAAGAUUGAAGUGAAGCAUUUUCCCUUCGACCAACAGAACUGCACCCUCAAAUUCCGCUCUUGGACUUAUGACCACUCUGAAAUUGAUAUGAUUUUGAAAACAGACUCGGCCAGCACGGAUGACUUCACUCCCAGUGGGGAGUGGGACAUUGUGGCCCUCCCAGGGCGAAGAACUGAAAACCCUUUAGAUCCAAACUAUGUGGACGUGACAUAUGACUUCAUCAUCAAAAGGAAGCCCCUGUUUUAUACCAUCAACCUCAUCAUACCUUGUGUCUUGAUCACGUCCUUGGCCAUCUUGGUAUUCUACCUGCCCUCGGAUUGUGGAGAGAAGAUAACCUUGUGCAUCUCCGUCCUGCUGGCUUUGACCGUUUUCCUGCUCCUGAUUUCCAAAAUCGUCCCUCCAACUUCUCUGGAUGUUCCACUGAUUGGGAAGUACCUGAUGUUCACCAUGGUGUUGGUGACCUUCUCGAUUGUGACCAGUGUCUGUGUGCUGAAUGUCCACCACAGGUCUCCCAGCACUCAUGCAAUGCCUCCCUGGGUUAAGGUGGUCUUCCUUCAGAGGCUGCCAAGCUUCCUCUUCAUGAGGAGGCCACACAACCAGUCGGCGAGCCAACGGUUGACCAACCGCAAGAAGAACAAAGUGGAGUCCUCGCCUUCGGAUCUCUCCAGCACAUACAGGGAUUGUACUUACUUUGUGAACACAGCAGCAGGCCAAAGAUACAACGUGAAGCUCACAGACAACCCCGACCAUGUCCACAGCCAUCAAGACCUGAGGUUACGGUCCUCCGUGAAGUUUUCUCCCGAUGUCCAAGAAGCAAUUGAGGGAGUCAGCUUCAUAGCGGACCACAUGAGGAGCGAGGACAACAACGAGAGUGUCAUUGAAGACUGGAAAUACGUGGCCAUGGUGGUGGACAGGCUCUUCCUCUGGAUAUUUGUCUUCAUCUGUGUGCUGGGAACCACUGGAUUAUUCAUGCAGCCCCUUUUUCAAAACCACCAGCCUGCCAUGAGCCCGUAAGCUGAGCUGAAUCUAAUGCCAAAGACUGCUUGUUCAACAGGGUGGGAAGUUCCGAGUUCCACAAUUUCAAUUUCAAGAUUCUUUAUCCAGAUCUUGGUUUGUUUGUUUGUUUACUGCCCCUUCCCAGUUAAAAAAUGAAUAAUCCGUGCAACAUGAGAAGACCUUCUACACAAGAGUAGUUUGAAAGGACUUUUAUUAUUCCUUUUAAGCUGGAACUCUUCAAUUAACUGUUUUGGUUUGGCUUUUCCAGGGGGAAAAAUUGUAUCACUGUUAAAUUUUUAUUUUAUGAAAGCACUCUUCUUCAGCUGGUUCUGCAGGGUUCUUGUGAUUCUGCAGGGAGUUGUGAUGGGCUGGCCAAAAUGUAGGUUGUGCAAGGGACACAACCCUGGUUUUAAUUUAGUUUUGUGAACAACUUCAAAGGGGGAAAAACAAGGAAAAGAAUUAUUUUUAGGCAAGAUGAUUUUCCUUACUGUAGGAUCCUGGUAUGAUCUGAUCCAGACAUCUAAAGAGGGUCAGCCCCCCAACCUCCACUCAUUCCAGAAGACCCUGAAAAACUUGAAGGAAAGUCCUUCUUUUUGCAGAACCAAGAAUCUUGCACAUCAAAGAUCUGAAGUAACCAUCUAAAAUAGAUUUUUUUUCCCUCUUUCGCUGCUGCUCCCACAAACAAAGAUGCAGACAACCAAACUGAUGUUUUGGCAAUUCCACUUGUUUCUCUGGUUUUGAAAGGGGUCCUUUUCUGAAGACCAUUUUAAGUUCUCCUGAAAAAUUGAGAGUCUAGGCAAAUGAUGGGAAUCCAUCCCCUGAGAUUUCAGAGGGUUAUAAUAAGGCUGUCUCUUGAGAUUAAGGAGAUAUAAAAAGUUUUAUGAGGUUCUUCCUUAAAAGAGAUGAGAUCGGCAGCCUGGGCUUUGUUGUCUGCAGAUAUUGCAAAGGUGAAGGUCAGAAAGAUUAAACCUACAGUAGCUCAUCCUAGUAACACUAAACCAUGAUCGAGCAUUAUGGGAGAGAGCUGCAGAUGUGUUCACACGCUCUUAUUCUAUGCAUGUUCAGAGUAAGGACCGAAGAGUUUGGGCUAAAGCAUUCAUGCAGGGAAACGAAGCCCGGGGGGGACAACGUGACUGUGAGGAUGGAUGUACUUCUGAAAUGUUUGAAACCACAUUAACAGGUUUUGCUGGGGUCAGUUGUAGCCAUGGAAGGAGGUAACGUGUAAUGGUAUGGCAUUAAAUG